CUGUUUUGAUCUAUGACAACACAAAGAAAACAAAAAUUUGGUCAUGUCAAAAUUGAAAUCAUGUUGAAAUUACAAAAAAAUUAAAUAAAAAUAACAGAAAAAUGCAAGUUUGUAGAAUAGUAGGCAGUGCACGCCGCGCGAGUCGGCAUCUGUUGUGGAACCUGUGCAAAACAUACAAUGGCAGAAGAGAGGAGACAACUAUCAAGCAAUACAGCACCUGUCCCUCUGGGAUGAAGAUAACUAUAUGCGGAGCAGCAGGAUGCACAGGACAACCAUUAGCUUUAUUGUUGAAACAGUGUCCAUUAUUGGAUGAGAUUGCGUUGUAUGACAUCUGUUCGACUUGUGGUUACGGAAUGGAGCUCAGCCACGUGGACACUAAGUGCAAAGUUUCGUCUUAUUCUGGACGGCAUAUGCUAUGCGAUGCUCUUCAAGGCGCAAAGGUAGUGGUGAUUGUGGCAAGACACCAAAGCGAUUCUUUCGAAUGCAGCGCGCCAAUUAUAACGGAAAUAACAUUACAGAUUUGUAAUACUUGUCCGAAUGCUUUCACGAUAGUAGCAACAGAACCCGUAGAAAGUAUGGUGCCGUUAGUCUCGGAGAUUCAGAGGCUACGUGGUACGUACAAUCCGAGGGCGUUGCUCGGUUGCGUGGAGUUGAACUGCGUGCGAGCUAACACAGCCCUGGCGGAUUUCUUGCGGAUGCCGCCGGAGUCGGUGCGUGUGCCGGUCAUAGGAGGCGCUACCCCGAACACCAUGGUGCCCGUGCUGUCCGCCGCUGUGCACCCUUGUGUCAUGACUCAGGAACAGGUUGAAUGUGUAACAUCAAGCAUAAUGAGUGGAACAGAGGCAGUGUGUGCAGCCAAGGGCUGUUGUGCUGAAACCGCGUGCCUCGCCGGCGCGUACGCAGUGGCCCGGAAUACCAUUAACGUGGUGAAAGCGCUGCAGGGGGCGAAGAAUGUGGUACAGUGCGCAUACGUCGAUAGUUUGGGAACUUGCGCUCCUGAAUGUCAAUUCUUCGCGAGUGAGGUAGUGUUAGGACCAUCGGGGGUCGAAAGAAACUUGGGCAUACCGGAGUUGACCAAAUUCGAAAACUGUCUUCUUUGCAAUUGUCUGCCGUACGUUCGUAAUGAGAUCGCCCGAGCAAUAUGGCUGGUGUACUCGAUGUGCCAGCAAUGCUGUUGUCCGUCGUGCUACGUGCACCCCAGCACGUGCUACACGCCGCCCGUGGUGCCGUGCGUGCCGCCCACCAACUGGACAUGUGACUGCCCAGACGACUGCCGCGACGAGUACCUCGCUUCGAUAUGCCGCGAAAUGACGUGCAGAUGUGGUACCACCGAGCUGUGUUGGAGGCCGAGGGAGACGGACUACGACGCCGCUCGAGCUUCGAACCUGACGCACCAGAUGCCGCUGAAGAGUCCGGCGUGCUCGCAGUGUCGAGUGCCGCGGAGUGUACGCAUCGAACAACAACUCAGAGAUAGGGCCAAAGAUCCUUGCUAUACCUCAAACUUAUCAGAUGCGUUGAAGAAGUCUCUUCCACCACCAAUGAGUCCAUUGGUUCUCAAUGUCGAGGUCCAUUUGUGUGGAUCUAACAAUAUUUUAAAACAUAGAACCCAAGAACAUAAGUCAUUUAACAGCCUAAAAGUAAACAUAUUUAUGAAGUUGACGCAUAUGUAUAAAAAUAAACUCACCUGCAAAAUUUUAACUGAAAAUCUAUUUAAUAUCUUAAUGGUAGAAUUUUGAUUGUAAUUGCUUUGUAGAUUUCCAAAUAAGCUAUAUAUUAAUAAAUCUUAGUGAACAGUGCGGAUAAAUUUAAUGUAAAAUAAUACUGCAAACUAUGUAA